GGGGCGAAUCCUCAAAAUUUCGGGGGAAACCACAAAAAUAGGGGAGAAAAUCCACGGAUUGCGCCGCUGUGGGGGUUUGGGCUCCAAUUUUUCCGUCCGGGAACCGCGGGGGCGGCGCCGAUUGGCUCCGAUUCCCGGAAAAUAUCACUUCUUUACAACCGCUUUUUUUUUCCCCUUUGAAAUAGUGAAAAAAUAGAAUUUCUGAGUUUUUUUUGGUCUCAAAAUCCUCACUUCCGAAAGCAUUUUUGGGGAGAAAAAGCGCCAAUUUCGGGGCGCGGCGCCUCUUAAAGGGCAUUUUUGGGGUGGAAUCGCUCUUUUUUUCCCCCCAAGCGCCGAAUUUCUGCCAAAACUCAGGAAAAUGGCAAAAUUCCCAAAAAAUGAGUGCCGCCUCCGGGUAUUUUUUCCCCUCUUUUUGCCUUUAUUUACCUUUUUUUUUCAGCCUUUGCCCUCUCCCGGGCUCCGCGCGAGCGCGGAAAAACCGAUUUCCGUUGAGAAGAGACCCAAAAAAGGGCCGAAAUCGCCCCAAAAAUAACAAAAGAGGGACCCAAAAAGGCUUUGGAGCGGCCGUCGGGAUGGUGGGGCGCGAGGUCCUCCUCGGCGCCGUCCUCGUCUUCCUCAGCCGAGGAAGCGGUGGAGAUGCGGUGGCGGCGGUGGGAAUGGUGAGAAGGUCCCUCCGGCCUUCAGCCCCCAAGUGGACCUCUGUGCGGAGGAAGAGGGAGGAGGAACCACCUUCCUACCUGAAGUGGGUGACCUUCGAAGGCGGCUCUCCUGCCGACGCCGUCUCCAGCUGGAACGCCUACGCCGAGAGGACGGAGUUCGUCUGCUCCACCUCCCACCCUCAGUGCAACGUCGGCGCCUACGUCCCAUCGCGAGGUCCCUUCUGCUUCUACCCCUACGCCGGGUGGGAGCGGAGAACCCAGAGCUUCAAGAUCUUGGUCAACGUGGGAGGUUUGGAGGCCUUGGCUUGGGUGGACGACUCCUUUGGGAGCGUUCCGGACGCCGCCGUGGAGGGCUGUCCGUCCGUCGAUGUCUUCGUUGGGAGGAACCGCUACGGUUUGGGCAAAGUGGCCAAAGAGCACCGAGCUGCCUUCAUGAUGGUGGACGGCGAGGAGGUUUGGUUCAAGUGGUACCAAGUCCUGGUGGUCAAGAAGGGGUUGGCGGCCGUCACCAUCUCCCACGUCCACUACAACACCAGCGGAGCGGUGGAGCGGUGGGAGAAGGUCACUUUGAUGAAGACCACGGUGAGGAACGAAGGCUGUGGAGCGGCGCUCAAGGAGGUCACCUUGGAGGAGGCCACCGAGGUGGAGCACCGCUGGGCCAUGGACCAAAGGAUCUUCGCCACCGUCCGCGGAGUGCUGCGCGCCCCACUCUUGACCUUCAACGGCACCACCUGGGGGGUCACCAACGCCACCACCAUCUCCUGGCUGGGCGGAGCCAGCGCCGGCGAGUACCUCGUCCAUCGCCACGUGGUGGAGAAGACGCUGCAGCCCCGCACAGCGUGCGAGGUGGCUUUGGAGGGACAACGCGGCGACGUCCACGUCCCCUUCACCGCGCGGCUGACCCGGGAUUUCGGUGACGCCCAACCCCACCGCGUGGCCGUGCGGGGGUGGGCUCACAGCCGCGCCGUGGUGGCCGUCCAAGCUGACGUCCGGCAGUGCUGGUCCCUCACCCAUGGCCCACCGUGCCGCGGGUAGAGCGCCCGCUUGAGGGGUCCUCUUCUUCUUCUUCUUCUUCUUCAUCUUCAUCUUCUUCUUCUUCUUCAUCUUCUUCAUCUUCUUCAUCUUCUUCUUCUUCU